AUGUCGUCGUCGGCGGCCACCGUCACCCGCGCGUCCCUCGACCACAAGCUCGCCCUCGCCAAACGCUGCUCCAGAGAGGCAACGUUCGCCGGAGCAAAGGCUGCGGCCGUCGCCACGGUCGCGUCGGCAGUCCCCACGCUGGCGAGCGUGAGGAUGCUGCCGUGGGCCAAGGCGAACCUCAACCCCACCGGCCAGGCGCUCAUCGUCUGCACCGUCGCCGGGAUGGCAUACUUCGUCGCCGCCGACAAGACCAUCCUCUCGCUGGCGAGGAGGCACUCCUACGAGAGCGCCCCUGACCACCUCAAAGACACCUCCUUCGGUGGCGCCGCCGCGGCUCCGGCUCGUCCCCGUCCGCGAUCAUUCUUCAGACCUUGA